AUGGGUGUCUGGACCUCAAGCACCAAUAUCUUCCUAAGUCUUUGGGGGAUGUAUGUGUCUCCAAGAAGCCCUGGAUGGAUGGACUUUAUCCCACAUUUGGGAGUUUGCUGUUUCGUUGCUCUCAUUUCAGUGGGCCUCCUCUCUGUGGCCUUCGACUGGUUUCUGUCCUCGUUCACAGUCUUCACCACCUGCUGGAUGGUUGCUUGUUUGCUGCUGUGCUGCUCCAGACAUUCGCGAUGUUUCCUUCUUCUCUUCUUCCUCUCGUGUGGCCUGCGCGAGGGCAGGAAUGCUUUGAUUGCAGCUGGCACAGGGAUCGUCAUCUUUGGACACGUGGAAAAUAUUUUUCACAACUUGAAAGGUCUCCUGGACAGUAUGACUUGCAACCUCAGGGCAAAGAGCUUUUCCGUACAUUUGCCACUUUUGGAAAAAUACAUUGAAGCAAUUCGGUGGAUUUACGGCCUCGCCACUCACCUAAGUCUAUUUGAUGACCUCGUGUCUUGGAACCAGACCCUGGCAGUCUCUCUUUCCAGUCCCAGCCAAGCCCUGGAGGCACAGCUCAAUGACACGAAAGGCAAAGUCCUGGGGGUCUUGUACCAGAUGGUGACGGCGACAGAGGUGCUGUCCUCCCUGGGACGGCAGCUGCUUGCCCUCGCAGGCCUUCUGCUGGUGCUCCUCGGCACUGGCCUCUUCAUGAAGCGAUUCUUGGACACUUGUGGGUGGAAGUUUGAAAAUAUCUACAUCACCAGAGAGUUCGUUCAGUUUGACGAAAGGGAGAGGCAUCAGCAGAGGCCCUGUGUCCUUCCACUGAACAAGAAGGAAAGGAGGAAGUAUGUUGUCAUCCCCUCUUUCUGGCUGACUCCUAAAGAAAGGAAGAACCUGGCGCUGUUUUUCGUCCCCAUUCUUACCCAUCUCUACAUCUGGGUGCUGUUUGCAGCUGUCGACUAUCUGCUGUAUCGGCUCAUUUUCUCCGUGAGCAAACAUUUCCAAAGCUUGCCAGGGCUGGAGGUUCACUUGAAACUGCACAGAGAGGAGCAAGGAACUCAAGGCAUCAUCCAUGAUUCUGCCUUUAAUAUAUCUCUGUUUGAACCCAGCUGCAUCCCCAAACCAAAGCUCCUUCUGUCUAAGACCUGGAUUCCUCUCAGUAUUAUUCUUGUGAUACUAGUGAUGCUAGGACUGUUAUCCUCCAUCCUGAUGCAACUUAAAAUCCUGGUGUCGGCAUCCUUCUACCCAAGUGUGCAGAGGCAGCGCGUCCAAUACCUCCAUGCGAAGCUACUGAAGAAAAGAUCAAAGCAGCCAGUGGGAGAAGUAAAAAGGAAACUGAGUCUGUACUCUACAAAGAUUUAUUUCUGGCUUCCAGUCCUGAAAAUGAUUAGGAAGAAACAAAUUGACUUUGCAGGUGAAGACAAUCCGUGA